AUGAAGCCAUGCCCCACAAACCCAAAAGACCUUGAGUAUAGAUCGUCCUGCCGAUAUGAUAUGUGGGUGAUUGGUAGACCCAUCACUGGUAGAAUAAGUAGGAAUUUUGAGAUUUGGGGUUGUGGGAUAAUUAGAUUUAAAAUUUGCGAUGGACUUCCCAUAGAGGAUGUUAUAUGUGAAGAUUUGUCAUCUAGAAACUCUGGAGCAUCUGCUAUCAAUUUCUGGGAGAAGCCUAAUAUUGGUGCUACUACCUGGUGCUUUUAG